CGGAUACAGCACCAUCAUUGAGUGCAUCAAGCAGUCACAAAGAUUAGCUUUAUGUUCCAACAUGACUUACGCCCACAUAACCGUUGAUGCAGGAGCCGCCAAAAAGUUUUACCAUGCUGUAUGGAACAAUCCUGAAGAGUUUAACAAUGUUGUCAUUCAUUAAGAGAUUUCCAUGGAAUCGUGGAAUUUUUUGGCACAAUCGGAAAAUUUAUCUCGGGUAGUGGCUUCGAAGAUGCGGUGUAUCAGGCAGGGCUUUGCACAUCAGGAAGUAUUAAAGGCAUCUUAACGGAAAAGCAUUACAACAGAUGUUGGAUGGUUCAUGAGAGUUUUGCUGAAGCUACAGACCGACUCUUUUGCGAAUCAUUUGUCAAUGAUGUACCAAGCGCUGUCGAAGUUCAAGUGAAAGGAGAAGUGUCGAAAAACGACGUAGAAGCCAUCGUCAAUGAUGGUUUUUGUUGGGGAUACGAGCUAAAACGGCUAUUGUCUUUCCUUUUGUUUGUCGCUCAAAGUUUAAAUCCAAUCAAAGAAAAGUGUAUUAAUAGAGCAUGCGCAGUCGCUUCCAUUUUGCCGCGAAAUACUGGUUUCAUAUCUCGCUCUCGCAGCUUCACUCGCUUGGAUGAAACUGGAGUUGCACGAUAUUUACAUUCUGUUGUUGUUUAUAAAGUACCUUUCUUGUAGAGGCCUAGAUGGAGUGGCCCUCUAAGCAAAAUUAGGCUACAGCUCACAGGAAAUUAGUCUUGUGUUUGUAGCUGGAUUUAUUAUGAACCGAAGGAAUUAUCAUGGCGGGGUUCCGGUUGCAGAAUUGUUCCGUUAUGUUUAUCUAUCAAGAAGUCUUGUUAUAGUGAGGACUGUGAAUCGAAUAAAAAGGACAUCGGGUAUUAUCACUGUAAAUUUGGGAACUAUGUUGGCUAUACACAAUCUUGAACGGAAAAAUAUUUUUCGUCUGGGCCUAACAACAUAAAUGAAAUUGCAUCAAUGAGCAGAGCUUCAAUGUCAACCAAAGCUUUAAUAUUAAUAUUGUCGGUUAUCUAAGCCUCUAAGCUCAAUUACGACCAACAAAUCCGUAGGAAACUAGAUAACGCAUGGGCUCCGACGCUGGUUGGAAAGUUCGGGGGGGGGGGGCAAGGGAGAUUUUAACAAUCAUAACAAAAUUUUUUAAAAAUGUUAUUGUCUCGCUAAUUAGUGGGGUUAUGGCACCCCCCUCCCCCCCAUGGCCCCCUUCGUCAGAGGCCCUGUAAUACCCCCUGCUUGCAGCAGAGUUAUCCAGAUUUACCCCCACUCCCGUAAGUCUUUGAUUGUAAAGAAAGACAAAGUAUUCACACUCUUCAUUUCUAGAUUUAUCCCCCCCCCCCUUAUUUCUGUCGCUGACGCACAAAUUAGCAAGUUUAGUUUAUUAUCUAAACUCUGAAAUAAUUUCAAGUUUGCAUAGUGUUCUUGGUUGUUUGAAAUAUGCUAAUUUAAAACAACUGGCAAGGAAAAAGGCAGGAGCAGAACUGAUGCUGUUUACUGAAAAACCCUUACUCAUUUGAACAUAUCAUGGACUGGUCUAAUUUGAGUCAUAUUUUUGAUGUUAUUUGUCACUUCCAAAAAUGAAAGUGGUACUGUAACAUUGAGAUUACCAGAAUUUUGAAACUAUGUCUUGUUCAUCAUAAGAAAUCCCUUUGCCUGUCUUAAAUAAUGACCCCUUAGAAUAAGAAAGUUUUUGGUGGGGCUGGAUCAACCAAAUGUUAUUUUUUUUAUUCAAAAAUGUCUGAAUUACGAAUUAAAAACUUUUCUUUAACUUGCAUGUCACUGAACAGAACAGUGAAAGAUAACUUUAGUUAUCAAAAUGGGAAACUUGAAGGCACUUUAAGGUAUUCACAGCUAAGCAAACAUCACCUUUAAACCAUGCACAUACAUCUGCAAAAAUGAGAAAUUGUCAAUCAGAUAACUUCAGUGAAUGCCAUAUGUUCUUGAUUUAUUAGGGAAAGUGAAGGAAAAUUCAAGUAAUAGAAACAUAAUUUAUUGGUUCUUAUGAGGUAACCUAUAGCAUUUUAAGCACUAUCUUUUGACUGCUGAACUUAUAAAAAUUGCUUACUUAAAGCAUGCAGCCUUUCUAAAUAACAGAGAGAGUGACAGACUUCCUCUUCUAUCUUUCUGCAUUAGAAUGAAGCCUUCUGUCUUUCAUACUUUGAACUGGAGUUACAGUGUUGGUGAACAAAUUUAUAUUAGGGGGAGGGGUGCUGCCCGCAGUGUUACUCCCCAUUCAGCAAAUAGUUCUAAAGGAAAUGUAGUAGAGUAUUAUUGAAAAUACACUACUUGCACAAACUGUAGUUAUGGUGCAGUCCAUGCUGUAGUCAUAAAAGGAUGUUAUGCAGUGAUGAAUGAUCAAUGUUUUAUCAAAUAAUUUAUAGGUCGGAAAAGAAUGCAUUGAAUCAAAAAAAUCAAAAUAUACACUGCUGUUGGAAAUCAAAUUAAUAAUAAAUACUUUGAUCUAUAUAUCCUGACAGUUGUGGACAUGCACCUCAUGGUAACUUUCUAAGUUCAUUUGUUUUUUUCAUUGAUACAGCAAAAUAUGUUUCUGAAAUUGUGCCAAAUACCUACUUUGUACUUGGUGCAAUUGGCAAUCAACUGGGGUUUCCCUUUUAUUACAAAUAACAAACAUUGGGUUCCUUUAGACUACCUAAUGGACAUACUUUGCAAAAAACUAGUAACCAAAUUGAUGUUUCCUUUAAACAAAUUGUAAAAACUGACAUAAGACCUUUGCUUAUUGACAUGAGGAGUUUAUUUAGAAAAAGACAUAAGCAACAAUUUUGUGCAACAACUCCAAAUAGUCCUGCCCAGUAUAAAAAAUUUAUCAGGUUAUUAGCUGUAUGUUGGACUCAGGGUCCUUCAAAGCACAAAAUUUAAGUUAUUUCAAUUUGGAUACCGUGUUCACAAAGAUUCUUGCUCCUAUGCAAUUUGCAGCAAAGCAGUUGUUUCAAACAAAUAAAAAUAGAUAAAGGAGAAGGGGCAUUAUCAUCAGAAUUUGAAGUGCGAGAUUUCCAAAAAAACAAACGGAUUUCCAGGGGCUUUCAAAAACAAAACAAUGGGAUUUUCAACCAAAGGUGCAUCCGAUUUCCACGGAGUGAUUUUUCCUCGUGGUAAUUUGCGAUUCUGGUUGUUACGCGUAGCUGCGAUACAGGCCUAAUGCAGACUGACAGCAUCCUGGCAUAGAGAACAAUUUUAAGAGUGUAUGGUCAAUUGAAACUUUUUCCCUUGCUCGUCUGUUGAAUAUUGAUGCCUAACUCGCUUAGAAUCGCUCCUUGGUUCACUUUGCGUUGAGAUAGAAGUUUCACAAACUUUCCCUCCAAAACGCUGGCAUUCCCGAACCUUACUGCGCAUGUUCCAUCAAUACAUUUUUCAAAAGUCUCGUUUACAUUUUAAACUUUGGCCGUUCGUAUCCCCAACAAGUUUCGCCAUUCAAGGAUUACGUCGAGCAUUACAAUGCGCAAAAGCAAAGAUGUCUUCGUGGGGAAUUCGGAAAAACACCGCAAUUCUGGAUGACUUACCAGAAAUUCGUGGAGAGACAGCAUCUAUUUCAGUUAGCAAUCAACACUAAUGAUUUUGACCUCAGAUUGAAAUGCUGGAAAGAGUCACUGCCCCUAUGCUUUUCGACAAACAAGCAAAACUAUGCGAGGUAUGGAACAUACUACUGCCGCCAAUUGCAAAGUAUCGAAAUCAAGUACCCCGGAGCAAAAGAUGAAUUGUUGAAGAAAGGGUUGUCAGUAUGCAGAAAUUCUAUGAAUAUCGGCCAGUCUAUUGAUGGUGCAGGUGAACAGACGUUUAUGAGAAGCUCUAAGACGGCAGGUGGAAUCAAAGACUUCACGCAUCGAAAAGAGACUUACGAAAAGUGGGUUCUCAAUAGGCCAUUUCAGGCAAAGAUGGUUGAGUCUCUUCUGUCUCUGGCUGACCUGGAUAAUUUCUCAUCCGAUCCUCGAAAGUGCUUGCGAGAGCGAGAAAUAAGAAAAUCAGAGGAGAGAGUCACCAAAUUGAUGCAGGUUAUGAAGGAGGACUUCAUCAAUCCUUUCGACGCAAACAUAGAUCAACAGAAGCUUUUCAACCUGGCAUCUGGCCGGCCGUUAUCAGAAGAAGCAUCGAGUUCCCUUUUUUCCGCAGAAGAAAGGUGUAACGUUGGCCCUAGCUGGGUUUCGGUGCCAUGUCAGUAUGUGUUAAUUCAUAACUUUGAUUUGCUGUCCUGUAACUAUAUUGUCUAGCUGUGUCUGUACAGUUUGUGUUUGCUAUGUUGAUUGAUGUAAACCAGAAUUACAUGUGAUAUCCAACUUUUAUGUAAAUUGUAUUCAGUUGGAAAUUGAGCUUGACACACAUUUGAGUUACAUGAAAACUUGCGGUAUUUCUUGGCCUAAGUCUUCGGAACCCGAACACGCCACAAAGGGGGCAAGUUCGUUACGAAGAAUUCAACCAGCGACUUGAUGUAGAUGAUGAGUCAAGGAUUGCUUUUUUGACCCGAUCAAAAGAGUCCUAUGGCGAGACUUUGGCAACAAUGAAAGAAAGACAAAGGUCACCGCCAAAGCAGUAUGGGGUAAGAUUUGCUUAAAAAGAAGCCGUUCAAUAAUUGUAAAGAGAAUAUAUAGGCCACCAAAAAAUAGAAUGGACAUUGAAGCAGGAGAUACUGUCCUCAGACAUUUGGAUGAACUGCAGAAAGAAUUUAGACCAAUAAAAGAAAUCCAUAUCUUCGAGGGAGUGAACUGUAAUAUGCACAAGAAAAAAGCAUAGUCCUGCCUAACAAAUGAUAUUUGUAGCACACUGGAGGCAUCCAAGAUUAUAAAGUCUUCCACAAGAGAAACUUCCCACUCAUCAACACUGAUCGAUCUGAUUAUUAAUACAGCAGAAAAUAGUAUUAAGGACAGUGGGGUUAUAAAACAUCAAUAAGUGAUCAUUACAUGACAUAUCCUAUAAGAAAAAGAAAGAAUUUUAGAAGUCCCCCGAGGAUAAUUCAUACAAGGUCAUAUACAAAAUUUGAUGAGAAUCUUUUAAGCCAUGAUCUGACACAAAAGGACUGGAAUGACUUUUACCAAACAAGGGAUGUCGACAUUGCAGCUAAAUGUUUCACUGAUACUUUUCUGAAAGUAGCAGACAAGCAAGCAAAGAGAAUAGAAAUAAAAGUCAAGGGAAGUACAAGCAAUGUUUUUCCAGAUGAGCUUUGGCAUUAAUUACGGAAAUGGAUGUAGCCAAAUUAAAAGCAUCCAGAUCUUGAGGGGGAAAGGAAUGGAAUAAGUAUAAACAAUUGAGAAAUAUCUGAAUGAGGAACUAUCUGAAUGAAACAGUUGAGAAUAGAAAGGAGAAUCCCAGAGGAAUGUGAAAGAGAUUAAAGGAAUUUUUCCCUUGUAAAACAAAAAGUUUUGUCAGUCAAAAAGAAUUGAUAUUGAUGGAAAAGAGAAGACAUGCAACAGAAAAAUUGCACACGUAUUUAAGGAGUACUUUGCAAAUAUAGCAUGUAAAGUGGCUGAUAAAAAUUCACUGGAGUGAGGAAAGCUAUCCAAUAAACUCUUGCAAAUACAACUUUAAAGUUUGACUUUUGCAAUGAUGCACAGAUACAGAAAAGAACAAAAGAACUGAAAAAUGAAAAGUCAACUGGUCUUGAUGGUAUGUCAAACUACUCAAGACUAGUGCAUCCUCAAUUUCUACACACCUAGCUCAUUUGCUGAACUUCUCUCUCAUAUCAGGAAAAGUACCAGAUUUAUGAGAAAGAAAAAGGGUAACGCUAAUUCACAAAUCAGAGAGCAAAUUACUGUGCAAUAACUACAGGCCAAUAUCAAUUCAACCAAUUCCCCUAAAAAUUCUUGCGCGAGUAAUAUAUGAACAGCUAGCUGCAUACCUGAAAUAAACUGGCAUCUUGGACCCCCACCAGUCUGGCCUCGGGAGAAAUUACUCUACAGCUACAGCUAUUAUCGAUGUUGCAGGGAGAUGAGCUCGGUAAAGGGAAUUAUGUCGGUGCCAUCUUUUUAGACCUUACUAAGGCAUUUUACUCUGUAGAUCAUACCAUUCUAAUUAGUAAGCUUAAGGCACAUGGAAUUAAAGAAAAGGAGAUUUCAUGGUUCACAUCCUACUUAGAAAAUAGAAAACAAGUGACACUAAUUAAUAGAUGUAUGUCUGAAGAAAUACUAGAAAAGCCCUUCAGAGUAACACAGGGCUCAGUGCUUGGGCCUUUGCUGUCUCUAAUCCAUAUCAAUGAUGUCACAUCAAUUAUAAACUGUAAAACACACCUUUAUGCAGACGACACUGUGCUUUUAGUAGCUGAAAAGUGUGCACAGAAUAUUGAGAUAAAGCUAAACACUGAAUUAGAAAAAGCACAUAGGUGGUUUACGGAAAACAAGCUCAUACUCAACGCUAUAAAGACUAAGUAGAUGAUUUUUGGAAAAGCAAGAAUGACAAAAGAACUUGGAGACAUCAGCAUUAACUUGGGUGCCAACAAAAUUGAUGAAGUGGAAAGUUUCAAAUACUUGGGGUGCAUUUUGACCAGCAAUUGAACUGGCAGAAACACUUAAAGGAAAUAGCUCAAAAGAGUAGUUUACAACUAAAAAAGAUACACUGCAGGACCUUGCUUGUAAAUAGUUUGGUUAUGCCCUUCUUUGAAUAUUGAUCUGAGGCCUGGUCAUCAUCAAGCGAUACAUUACUCUAAGGUUAAAGACUUUGUACAACAGAGCUCUUAAAGGAGAACUGACACGCAAAAAUAAGUUUGGCUAAAACGGUAGUUUGUGACAAGCAAAUUCCGGGAUCAAAAAAAUUUUUUAAAUCACAGUUACCGUUUUUGAAAUACAGGCGUUUUAAGUUGAGAAACAACAAUUGUUCCGACAACUUGAGACUCGAGUUGUGACAUGUUCUCAGCACGUAUUGUGUUUCUCUAUACAAACCUUUAAGAAAAUGCUGCGGACAAAUGUUUAUUUUGUACAUGUGAAAGGAGCUAAUUUUGCAUUUGGACACAUAAUUGAUUUUUUCAAUGGUUUAGGACUCUGAAUCAGAGUUUUAUUACACUGAUUUCGAGACAAAUGGAGAGUUUCAGCCGUCCGAGAUUUUGCUACCAGCCAGCGGUAGCGCUGCCGCUUGGGCUCAUGUCGUCCCAUGGCUCA